AGAAAGAAGCCUCCUCUGUACGCACAGUCAGAAAGACCCAGGCUAGCACAGGCAAGACAUCUUCACAUCGGGCGCUGUUUAAAAGGAUUUACUGUGGAGUGUACAUGGUCUGCAACAUAAGGACUCAUCUAGGGAGGGACCACCGUACUCACUUCACCAGUAACAGGAUGCUAAUGGGGAAAGAAAAACUUUUGGAGUAGUCAAAGGAGCGAGGCUGGAGUAUACGUUAAAAGGUGAAGCUACAUGGAGGAGGAGGAACCAGGCUGCCAUCUAUCAGUAUGUUUUCUGACAGCAGGGGGUCCGCGGAGCACAAGGGCUUCAAGACACACGGCUCCCACUUCUUACCAUGGCUGCGCAAUAGUUUGAAAAGCCACCAGAACCAUGACAGCAACCUCAACGGAACAGUCAAAUCUGGAUCUGAAAACCGCAACAACCUCAAAGGUUUCUUCUCUAUUCAGGGCAAAGAUAAGGAGAAGAAGGGGUGCAAUGGGGUGGCCCGUGUGCUGCCAGUGGUCCUCAGGGGGCAUCACAUUCUGUCUGGGAAGCAGAGAGAGGACAGUCCUGCCCGAUGGACCCAGUCUCCAGAGCUAGAUCCAGAAGUGAGCAUUGCUUCUGAACUGGAAAAGAGUUUGGUCCAGGAUAACCAUGUUGAAACAAAACGCAGCCCCCAAAAUGUGGUACCAUCUCAGAGUGACCAGAGUUGCACUACGCUGAGAAGGUAUGGCCCAUUAGUAGUUGCCCCACCAGUGCUACCAGAGGAGUCCAAAAGUACACCCCCUGUUGUUGGUUUGCUUGUGGACAACAAGGAGAAGGUCUGGGACUAUUCCAGCCGUAGCUUCCGCCAAAGAGAUCUCCAUUCUGCCAGUUGGGUCGGCCCAGAUACCCAAAGCAUCCUAAAGAGGCACCAAUUCACCUCCAGCUUCAGUUUCAUCCACCAGCACACCAGAAACUCCCAAAGCCACAGAGAUUUAACAUCUUUGAGGGACACACAGCUUGACCGGGCCCUUAACGGUGUCCUCUUCUCCACCCAGGUUGCCCAAAGGGGUCCAGGCUGCACCAAAACACUCCGAGGACCAAGGAAACCGCGACCUAGCUCAGAGCGCAUCACAAACUUUGAGCAGUCGUGGUUUCAACCUGAACGAAUUAACAUCAAUGUGGGUGACAGUAAAAGGAAGGCAGUCCGAAACCAGAUCAAACGUGUUAUGGACAAUUUGGAGCAUGUUCUGGGAGCUCUGCGGGACGUCCAACAAGAAAUGAAAGAGGUGGUGCAGCAGAUUGACUAUUUAACGUCCUCCAUUGAUCUGAACGAGGAGGAGCCGCCGGAGGCUCAAACUCAGAGCAGCAGUAACAGCUCCAGUUCAAGUGCAGUGACGGUGGGAAGUGUCAUUCACAGACCGUCAGGGGCAGCACAAAACACAGACAUUUGGAGAGACAAUCAGACUACAAGCAGGAGCCAGUCUCCACCCAGUGUCCUGCUGCUGCCUGUAAACUCAGAGCAUACCAACACACUUCGGCCAGGGUGCAGGAAAGAAAGACUUAUCCAUCCACCGGAGCAGACACACAGCUUACAUCAAACAAUGACCUCUCCUGUCUCCCCUCAGAGGACCCUCCCUGUGCGCCCUCCCACUCCAGGCCUGUCCCCUCUGACUGUAAACCUGCAGCAUCCCAACAGCCCCGUGUCCCAGCCUGAGUCCCCAUCUGCUGCUCCUUCGUCCUCCUUGUCCCACCACCAGUCCCCCUCAUAUCUGAAACCGCCACCCCCCUUCAGCCCGUCUAUCAAACCUGGAUGUCACCUGAACCCACAGAGCAGUCGCACAUCUGGCGCAUCUUCUCUAGUGUCAAACGCACGACCACCCACUGUCCCAGAACCCAACAGGGAGCGGCGGGCACUGUCUGCGGGGCAUAUCCCGGGAGCCUAUCAUAUGACCCUCCCACUUAAACCUAAAGCAGGACAGCAAGGUCGAAGAGGACGCAAACCACCCCCAUAUCCGCACCAUAGACUUCAUGAGCAACAAAAAACUAAGGAGCCUCGCAAAGCUCCUCCCUACCCAGAGAAGAGAAGACUACUUUCAACAACGGUUUGAGACAAGUGGAACCAGGAGGCCAUAUUGCAAGUAUAGAAUGCGUUGGAGUUUAGGCUUGCCCAGGUGAGCUGAUGUUUCCAAGGUGAUGGAGAUGACUAUUAGGCCUCUGCAAGCUGCGGUUUCCUGUUGGUGCUACAAAUGGAGGCCUUCCGAUGACAAAGGGACUAGCAGCUGAGCAGAGAACUUU